AUAUCCUGGAAUCUCGCUCCGCUGUCCGAAAAAUGAAAUUUCCCUAGUAAACUCGUCCUUGAUCGUCUAAGGAACGACUCUUUUCCCUCUUUGACGUGUCAACCGAGGGUUUCCAAUUUGUCAAUUUUGGUUCUCCAAUUUCUCCUCCUUUCUCGCUAUUGAACUUCACCGCUCCAUUUCUCCCAAUCUUUUUUUAUUCCUUUACACUUUCCUUUUCUCAAAAAACUGGGGAGCUAAUUCCUAAAAUCUACAAUGCCGCCAUUUUUAUCCACCUCGAAGGCGGUCGGGUCCGUAAUAUCCCGUAGAAACGGGAUUAGCCAUUUCGUUAGGCACGUCAAGAGCGGAGGCCAUUCGCGGGAAUUCGAUGAAAUCCGAUGGUUUAGUAACAUUGCCGCUAUCAAAACGCCGUCGGUUCACCCGUUAAUCGGUUCGCGUAAAGAGGAAUCUAAUUUUUCAUUUAAAAGCUUAUGCGAUAAUUACGCUCUCCAAAGGAGACGGUUUUUAGGCUGCGGAGACGGCGAAGAAGGUGGCGUUUUAUCGAAAGUGUACGAGGAGAGAAUCGUCAUGGGGUAUUCGCCGGAGCAGUUAUUUGAUGUGGUUGCAGCUGUUGAUUUGUAUCAUGGAUUUGUUCCUUGGUGUCAGCGGUCUGAUAUAAUUAAACGGUAUCCGGACGGAUCCUUUGAUGCUGAACUAGAGAUUGGUUUUAAGUUUCUUGUUGAGAGUUAUGUUUCUCAUGUAGAACUAAGCAGAGCAAAGUUUGUAAAGUCAACUGCAUCUGAAAGUAGCCUUUUUGAUCAUUUGAUAAACAUUUGGGAAUUCAGUCCUGGACCAGUUCCAGGAACUUGCAACCUUUACUUUCUUGUGGACUUUAAGUUCCAGUCACCGCUUUACCGGCAGGUGGCGUCCAUGUUCUUUAAGGAAGUAGUCUCACGACUGGUUAGCUCAUUUAGUGAACGUUGCCGAUUGAUAUAUGGCCCUGGCGUUCCAGUACUCGAAAACUCUUAUGGAGAAAGGGCUUGAAUAUUUGUUUUUGGAAGCAGCCUUUGAAAGGCUGUGGUGCAUUUAAGGCGCAGUUGGAAUUGAUAGAGGGUAGUCUCAGGACGCCCUCUGGGCAGUUUUAGUUUUGUGUACUGCCCAGCCUUUAAAGUUUACCUUUAACCAUAUUAGACGUUCGUUUGACCCUGUUCCCUCAUCCAAUUUCCACAAAGAUCAAUUGAUAUGUCAUUCAAUCA